UCUCUGCAGGAAUCUCUCUCUUUUGCUUUUUCGUCUCCAACUAUGGCUUCCCUUUAAGACCUCUGAAAAAAAGAACCAAAACAGUUGCCAAACAAAGUGACGUAGGAAGAGAUUAUUAAUUAUCUUAUUAUUGAGCACAAUGGAGUGUCGGUUCAUGAAGUAAGCUUUCCAGCAGUUUCUUUUGAAGCCGUGUCACUAUAUUGCCUUGGCGUGUCCAAACAGAAACUUCCUCCUGGAAAAAAGAGCCUCUUAUGUGUCAGUAACAUUUAGUGGCCUCUCUUUUGCAGGACUUGAGCAACAAGUUCUGAGUAGAAUUGGCUGAAUCUGCUGCUUCUGAUUUUGAGAGGAAAAGAAGGCUACAUUGAAGAACAUUCUGGAAGUCAAAGUGAUUUCCAUACGCUUGAUAGAGGGAUAUGCGAUCUUGGGAACUUGAGCUUCGGUAGUUAAAAAGCUACUAAUUUCAGUGCUCUUCAAAUGCUUGCUAGAAGAUCAUAAACUAGUUUUUUUAAGUCUUUGAAAGCUCUCUAAUACUACCUGUGCGUUGCCUCUUCUGCUGGUUUUGGAUUUACUGCCAAUGGCCAAAACGUAUCACCAUUCUUUGCUUUUAGUUCUUUUUAUCUUAUUGAAUUUUAUUAAGCACUCAGAGGAACUGCAAUCCUCCCAGGCUCAGACCCUUUUAAGGAUUCGGCGACUUCUAAACUUUCCAGUAGUUUUAAGCAGCUGGAGUAACAAUACAGAUUUCUGCAACACUGAACCAAAGUCAUCUUUAACUCUUGUAUGCUAUGAAGAAAGCAUAACCCAGCUGCAUAUAAUUGGCAACAAUGGAGCUCCUCUUUUACCUCGGAACUUUUCUUUACACUCCUUUGUAACAACCCUAGUUAAGCUUCCUGACCUGAAAGUUCUCACAUUGGUUUCUCUCGGUUUAUGGGGCACUUUACCGGGUAAAAUCGCACGUUUAUCAACUCUAGAAAUACUCAAUGUGAGUUCUAAUUACCUAUAUGGUUCCAUCCCUCAAGAGCUUUCAUCCCUAACAAGCCUCCAGACACUCAUAUUGGAUGACAAUAUGUUUUCUGGUCGACUACCGGAUUGGCUGAGUUCACUCCAAAUUUUGACUGUUUUAAGCUUGAAGAAGAAUUCAUUCAACGGCUCUUUGCCAAGUAGCUUGGGUAGUUUGGAAAAUCUUAGAGUUCUUGCACUUUCACACAACCACUUUUAUGGAGCAGUGCCUGAUUUUGACCGUUUGACAAACCUUCAAGUGCUUGACUUGGAAGAUAAUGCUUUUGGACCACAAUUCCCUCAACUUGGCAAAAAAUUGCUUACCCUUGUCCUGAGUAAGAACAGGUUUAGGUCUGGCAUACCUGCUGAAGUGAGCUCCUACUAUCAGCUUCAACGGCUGGAUGUAUCUUUCAAUACAUUUGUGGGACCGUUCCCGACUUCACUGUUAUCCCUGCCUUCUAUUACUUAUCUGAACAUUGCAGGGAAUAGAUUCACGGGAAUGCUUUUCGAAAAUCUAUCCUGCAAUGCCGAGCUUGAAUUUGUGGAUUUGUCUUCAAAUCUUUUGACUGGAACUUUACCUAGCUGUCUACUGACAGAUUCUAAGGAACGGGUUGUCCUGUAUGCUAGGAACUGUUUGGACAAUGGAAAGAAAAAUCAACACCCAUAUUCAUUUUGCCGGAAUGAAGCCUUAGCUGUGGGCAUUCCUCCACAUCAAAAGAAACGGAAAGAAGCUUCUAAAGCAGUUCUUGCCUUGGGUAUAAUUGGAGGGGUUGUUGGGGCAAUUGCACUUCUUGGACUGAUUUUAUUGAUUGUUAGAAGAGUAAAUGCCAAGAGAGGAACUAUGGUAAAGAAACCUCCCACAAGAUUAAUAGCGGAGAAUGCAUCAGCUGGGUACACCUCAAAGAUACUUUCUGAUGCAAGGUAUAUAUCUCAAACGAUGAAGCUGGGAGCAGUUGGCCUUCCAGCUUAUCGAACCUUUUCAUUGGAAGAGAUUGAGGAGGCUACAAACAACUUCCACACAUCUGCUUUUAUGGGUGAAGGGUCUCAUGGACAGAUGUACAGAGGCAGGCUAAAGGAUGGUUCUAUUGUAGCUGUUAGAUGCUUGAAAAUAAAAAAAAGUCGCAGCACUCACAACUUUAUGCAUCAUAUAGAGCUGAUAUCAAAACUCAGACAUCGCCACUUGGUCAGUGCUCUGGGACACUGCUUUGAGUGUUACUUGGAUGAUUCAAGUGUUAGCAGAAUAUUUCUUGUCUUUGAAUACAUACCAAAUGGCACACUAAGGAGCUGGAUCUCUGAGGGACAUUCUAGACCACGUCUUACUUGGACACAACGCGUAGCAGCUGCAAUAGGAGUGGCAAAGGGCAUCCAAUUUUUGCAUACAGGGAUUGUGCCUGGUGUAUAUUCCAACAAUCUUAAAAUAACAGACAUUUUGUUGGAUCAGAACCUUGUUGCAAAAAUUAGCAGUUACUAUCUGCCUUUAAUAACUGAUGACAUGGGAAAGGUUGGUCGUGGAAUUUCCCGUAGUGGAUCCAAAGAUCCUGUUCUUAAUGCAAGGGUUAAACAAGAAGAAAAGGUUGAUGUUUAUGACUUCGGAGUGAUAUUGCUAGAAAUCAUUCUGGGGAGACAAUUAACAUCCAGGAAUGAAGUGGGCAUUCUUAAAGAUCGGUUACAAGGAUGCAUUGCAGCUGAUGAAGCCGCUCGGAGGAGCAUGGUUGAUCCAGCAGUGCACAAGGCUUGCUUGGAUCAAUCGUUAAGAACAAUGAUGGAGAUUUGCGUUAGGUGUCUACUGAAAGACCCAGCAGAUAGACCUUCUGUUGAGGAUGUGCUCUGGAACUUGCAGUUUGCAGCUCAAGUCCAGGAUGCCUGGUGCGGAGACUCUCAGAGCAGCGACGGGUCUCCAGUCUCGGCUUCACAAUCUCGAAUACUCACCUUUCGUUAGCGGAACAUAGAGAGAGAUGAAAUUUCCAAGAGGGAAUGGGGAAAUGACACUGGUAAAUCACAAGACUCCAUCCAGUAAUGUUGUUGGCUUCAUUCUCUGUUUUUACUGGCUUGACAAGCAUGCUUGAUAGGUUCUCAAAUCCUUUAUUUGUGGAAAUGUGUAAUCUUCUUAGCCAAUAGUUGGAAAUAACUGUUUAUAUAAUGUUAUUAUUCCAUGUGAGAAAAAAAAAAAAAAAAAAAAAAAAAAGAUGUCAUUUUCAUUUACUCUUAAGUUCUCCUUAAUGUAAAUGAUUUUAACCCUCCAGAAUCGCCAUUAAUGGCUUAAUAAAGAUAAAUCAGUGCUGGCAAAGCAUGUUUCUCUUUGGGUUGUUCUUAUCUGCUGAUUGUAUUUGGCAUGGUAUAUCAAGAAGACCUUAAUGGAGAUUUGGAAUGAAUUGUA